AUCCAAAGUCGUAGUCUCGACGAGUGCUCUAGCCAUCAAGAUGAGGUCCGCGAAAAGUCUCCUCAGCCUGCUCACGGUGUUCGGCGCCACUCAGCAUGCUCUCGGUCAGUUCGCCACCCGCUUGGGUGGUGUUAACACUGCGGGUUACGACUUCAGUGUGGACACAAACGGAGACUACUCUGGCACUGAUGCGCCUCCCCCGACGUCUCAGUAUACUCAUUUCACUUCGCAAGGCGCCAACCUCUACCGUAUUCCAUUUGCAUGGCAGCUGAUGACCCCCACACUUGGUGGCACCAUCAAUUCCAGCUUCUUCACAGGGUACGACCAGACUGUUCAGGCCGCAUUGAGCUCUGGCUCUGGCGUCUACGUCAUUGUUGACUUGCACAACUAUGCCCGCUGGAACGGAGAUAUCAUCGGACAAGGCGGGCCCACCAACGCCGAGUUUGCGUCUAUCUGGACUCAGCUCGCCUCUAAGUACGGCUCCAACGACCGCGUCAUCUUCGGUCUCAUGAACGAGCCUCACGACCUCAACGUUACGGAGUGGGCUGCGUCUCUGCAAUACGUCGUUAACGAGGUUCGCUCGGCAGGCUCUGAGAAUUACCUGCUCCUCCCUGGUUCUACCUACUCGUCCGCUGGGACCUUCCCCACGGAGGCUGGCCCUUACUUGGUUAACAUCACCGACCCUCUUGGCGGUACCGGCAAGCUGCUUUUCGACGUUCACAAGUACCUCGACUCUGACAACAGCGGCACUCACGCUACUUGCGUCACGAACAACGUCGAUAUCCUCGAGACUCUCGUCACCUUCCUCCAGGAUAACGGUAACCGCCAGGCGAUCCUCAGCGAGACUGGCGGCGGCGAGACGUCCAGUUGCUACACCGACCUAGGCCAGGAGCUCGCCUAUGUGAAGUCCGCCUACCCGACCCUUGUCGGCUUCUCGGCCUGGUCUGCAGGCUCUUUCGACUCUACCUACGUCCUGACGCUCACUCCCUACUCCAACGGCACCGACCAGACUCUCUGGACUGAGGCCGUGCUCCCUUACCUCCCAUGAAGCUAUCGAGCCUCCCCGGGCAACGCGUAGUGAUGGAGACUCGAAGAAGUGUGUAAGUUGUCGGUGUUUAGUUCGAGUUCCGGUGUAUGUGUAUGUUGUUUGUCUUCGUGG